CAACAUCAACAAUAUAGCAGUAGUAGUAGUAGUUCUAAUAAUACUAUUAGUACAAAUAGUAAUAAUACUACCAUCUCUUCUUCUUCCAUUGAUAAUAAUUAUAAAUCUGAAAUUCCUCCUUAUAAAAUGUCCUCCUUAAAUAUUUCAAAUAAUGAUUUAAAUACUCAGAAUAAUCAUCAAACUAAAUUAAAGAAAUUCUUUACAAAAUCAAAAAAAGACAAUCCUCAACUAUCAAAAGCUCAUGAAUUGAUGGAACAAAAAAAUUUUCAUGAAUCAAUAAUAUAUUAUACGAGAGUAUUGGAUAAACAUCCCGGUUCUUAUUCUGCAAGAUGUGAUAGGGCUUACGCUUAUCAUCAAAUGUUUAAAUGGAAUUCUGCUUUACAAGAUUUAGGUAUUGCAAUUCAACGUCAUCCUCAAAAACCAAGAGCUUACGCUUUAAGAGGUGAAGUUUAUAGAUUAAUGGAAAAAUUUGAUAUGGCCAUGAUAGAUUUAUCAAAAUCCUUAAAAUUACAACAAAAUGCUUUCGCUUUUAGGGCUAGAGCUGAAGUUAAUUGUUCUUUGGCAAAAUAUGCUGAGGCUAUUAGUGAUUUUAAUUCUGCUUUAAAUUUAGAACCAAAUAAUUCUUAUACUUUAACUCGUCGUUCAAAAGUUUAUUGUAAUUUAAAAUUAUUCCCUGAAGCUUUAGAUGAUUUAGAUAAUGUUUUAAUGUUGGAUCCUAGAAAUACUUCUUCCACUUUGGCUAAUCGUGGUGAAGUUUAUCGUCUUAUAGGUAGAUUUGAUAUGGCUUUGGCUGAUUUAAAUAGUGCUUUGGAAAGGGAAGAAAAUAAUACUUUAGCGUUAGAAAGGAGGGGUGCCCUUUUUAGACAAAUGGGUAAAAAUGUUGAAGCUUUAAUGGAUUUUGAUAAUAUACUAAAAUUGAACCCUAAAUCUGUUUUUGGUCAUAAGAAUCGUGGUGAAAUUUAUCAAGCUUUAGGAAAUUUAAAUGAAGCACUUUAUAAUUUUGAUGAAGCUUUAAAAUUAGAAAGGGAUAAUUUAUCUUUACUUAAACAUAGAAGUGAAAUACAUCGUUUACUUGGAAAUUAUCAAUCCGCUAUUAACGAUCUUAAUCAUGCAUUAAGUAUUGAACCUAAUGAUGCUUUCUUAUUAAGGGGUAGAGGUGAAGUGUAUCGUUUAAUUCAAUGUUUUGACUUAUCUUUAACAGAUUUCGAUAAAGCUCUUGAAAUAGAUCCUGGUAAUGCUUUUGCUCUAACAAGUCGUGGUGAAGUUUAUAGAAUGUUAAGAAAAGGUGCCGAAGCUUUAAAUGAUUUAGAUAAUGCCAUAACUCUUAUACCUAAUAAUUUACUGGCGCGUGAGAGUAGAGGUGCUUUAAAUAGAACAUUUCGUAGAUAUGAAGAAGCUUUACGUGAUUUAGAUUACGCCUUACAAUUAAAACCUUCUAGUGUGUUCGCUUUGGCGAAUCGUGGAGCUAUUUAUUAUAUGUUGAGUAGAUAUUAUGAAGCUCAAAUUGAUUUGGAUAAAGCGUUAGAAUAUGAUCCUAAUCACGCUUUUACCUUGGAAACACGUGGCGCUUUAUAUAAUACUCUUGGAAAAUACGAUAAAGCUUUAUCAGAUUUAGAUAGAGCGUUAUCGAUUGAACCUGAAAAUAGUUGGGCUUUAUGUUAUAGAGGUGAAGUACUAUUCACUUUGGAAAAAUAUGAUGAGGCUUUAGAAGAUUUAAAUAGGGUGUUGGAUUUACAACCAAAUUGGUGUUAUCCACUUUCGGUUCGUGGUGCAUUAUAUCGUUCCCUUGGAUGUUAUACAAAAGCAUUAGAAGAUUUAACAAGUAGUUUACGUAACGCUAAAGAUAGAGCGUAUAAUAUUAAAUAUGAGAAUAAAGCUUUAUUAAAUCGUGGUAGUGUAUAUAGGAUAAUUGGUAAAUUUGAUGAGGCUUUAAUAGAUUUUAAUAAGGCCUUAUUAAGAGAUCCUAAUAAUAUUUUUGGGUUAUGUGAAAGGAGUUAUGUUUAUUAUUCAUUAGAAAUGUAUGAUUACGCUUUAUUGGAUAUUAAUGUAGUAUUGGUUAUUGAUCCUCACAAUAGUUUUGCUCAAAAUCUAAAAAGUAAAGUGGAAUUUGCUCAAAACGAUAAAAAUUUAAAUGACGACAAUAAAGACAAUUUUUAAAAUUGCGGAUACUUAAUACGUGACGGGAAGGUUUUAAUGAGAUGAACAAUUUUUCCGCGAAGGUUAGGAAGA